GGGGGGGAUAAAAUAGGGAGAUGGACUACAGCUGGUGGCAGGUUUACCUAAAGGGACUAUUUAUUUGUUGUGAUUUGGAUGAUUUUAAAAGGUUUAAUAUUCAAAAGCGAGGCUCCAUCCAUUAACCUCAUCACAACACGGCCGUGACAAAUACGCCGAGUCUUUGACAGCAUGGGGGCAUCUUGCCAUACAUCACCUUGCGAGGCUCCUGCAGAAAUGGAUGCCAUCAUUGAUAAAACUAUAGGCUGCCAUAAGGAUGUGAUUGAAUGCACCUCCGAGCUGGAUGUGCGGCCAUGUAAAGUGCUUUGGCGAUGACCCGACUGAUGUCGAAAGUGAGAGGGAGUAUAAACCCUGACACAAAUCAUCACAAAAGGGGAGAUAACCGCACAUUCCCACAAAUCACCCGACAAAACCGAGAGGGUGUCCCUCUUCUGGAAAAGAAUUCUGGGAACCCUUCCAAAUCUCCGACAACUUAAUAAAUGAGGGUGACCAAAGGCAACAUUGAGGUUGACGCCAUUUGUUGACCUCCAUUUUCCGGUAAAUGUUGUCUUCAUUGAUUACUGUACACAAAAAUAUUUACAGCACAAAAAGAAGUGCUGCGGGAGAAAGAAUUAAAGGGUGGAGUUUAAUCCAGAGUGAUUUCUAGCAAAUAGACAGGUGGGAGUGGUGAGGGGGGGGAAGAGCGUGAGGAAAUGGCAAGAUGAAAAGGCCACUUGGGAGGAUGGCCAGGGGUGUAGUACAUUAAAAACAUUACUGGGGGGAUAACAAUGGCUGUGCAGAAGGUCUAUGGGGGAGCUCCGAGGGAGAACAAAGGGAGAGCUGGAUGUACCGUACUGGAUGUGACUGUGAGAAGCUAAAUUGAAACGUGGGCUGGAAAAAAAAAAACAUUUGGUCACAAAGCUUGCUAUGGUAACACAGCGGAGCAAGACAACCAAAUUAAAAAUUCCUAAUCAACCUGCGUCAGGCGCUCCUCACAUUCUUUCUGUGAAUACAUCACCCCUGCGUGCAUUCAAAAAGGCGAGCAGGAAUGCCCAGUGAUGUCAUCGCCACGUCUGUGCUUUGUUAGAUGUUGUUUUAAUGAAUACAAAUAGAUUUUUAAAAAAAUAGCAACAAAUUAGUUUCCACAAAUUAUUGCCAUUAUUUUUUUCAAACUCUGCAUUAUAAGUUUAGCAAGUCUCUCAGGUAGGAUCUCCUACAUUAACAAAGGCAACUGGAUUCAUUCAUUCAUCAGCCCAAUUAGGACAUUCAAAUAGCGUGAGUAGUCAUUCAAGAAUGAGGCUUUGGUGUUAUCAAUUCGAGUGGGUGUCUGUCGCAUGCCACGCCACAGGUGACGUGUGUCCUCUCAGGUCUUUAUUAAUAGAGGUCAGUGCGGUCAGUGAGAUUGCAUUGAUGUCUCCAAGUGCAUGAACAUGGUGAGAAAAAUCUUACUGUCUGUUCUUUUGAUGCUGGGAGCUCUGAACCCCAUGACCGUGUCCAACGCAAAGGUCAGUGGCAAAUCCGUCCACUGUGGGAAAAACUUGCUGAACUGCGAUCAAGGAUGGGAUGCUGGAAAGAGUCAGACGCAACAUCAGACAAGAGGUGAACAACGGAGAAGUUUUGACAUGAAGAACUUCCAAAUAGAUGUGGCCCCAACCACAAGUAAAAUGAGCCUCCCCAUUGCUGUUAAGCUCCACCUGCCGGUUACAAAGAAUACCCACCUGCUCACAAACAUCCCCCAGCGCUUUGGUAGAGAAAGUGUUGAAGGUGAGACGACGUCAACCGCCAACAAGCCGCAGAGGUUUGGAAGGUCCUGGGAGGCAAUGCCGACUUGUGCUGGUUGUGUCGGAGAGAGUCGGAACCCAGAAGCCAGGCAAAAUCAAAGAAACCUUCUGUGCUGGAGGCUUCUUCAAACAUUAGCCAGAGCCAAGUUGUGGAAAACGGGCUUGCACUGGUUUGGGGAGUUUGAAUCCAACUUGGAAGAAAUGGAGACGGAAAUAAAGAGACUUCAAGAUGUCAUGUGAAUCUAUGCAUGAUUUUAAUAAACGUCUCAAAUAUG